AAAUUGUAUGGCCUUCUAGAACCCACCAUUUUCCAUGCCAAAUAUAGACCAAGAUUCUUCAUGUUAAUGGAUCGAUUCUUGUCUUCAACUCAUGUACCUGAGUAUGUAAUUGCAGCAUUUAUCAAGCGCCUGUCUCGUUUAUCACUGUCAGCUCCAGCUUCGUGUCUUGUACUUGUUCUCAAGUUUAUUGCAAACCUUCUCAUCAGAUAUCCAGGCCUACAACUACUUAUACACAACCCGAAUGCCACAAAUCUAGAAGAUGAUCCUUUUGACCCAGAUGAGCCAGAUAUGUCUAAGUGCCGAGCUUGUGAAAGCAGUUUGUGGGAAGUUGCAACAUUACAACAGCAUGUAGUCCCUAGUAUAUCUAAAGCCACAGGGUUUUUAGAGAAAACCUUACCAGUAAUGGAAUAUGACAUCUCUGAAUUAGUUGAAACAACAUAUGAAGAGGUAAGACAUUUACUGAUUUAGUUAUAUGUGGAGGAUAUUAUUUAGUAUAAAUUUCUGUACAGUAAUGUAAUAUGUAAUACCUGUAAUAUACUUAAAACAAUGAGUUUAAAUUCUUCCAACAAACACUUAAUCUGUAAUUGUCCACAUUCUUAGUUGAUGAAUAUCGAUGGCCUUUGUCGCUGUGAAACCAGUCAGUCAGUCGUAGUUGAUGAAUUUCGUUAGGCAUAUUGGUGUCUCCUUAAAAUAAUGGCAGUAGCCACAUGAGUUCGUAUAAGCAGAUGGAUGCUUGUGCCUCUGAGAUCCUUGAAUAUAUAAGUAACAGCUACUGAUUUAUGCGGUCCAUGUAAUUAGCUGCUUGUAAAGUAUGUUUGGUAGGUGAGAUAUCUACAUUCCCUUACACUUCUUCACAGUACGUAUUCACUCAUGAUUCAGCUCAUGUGCUCUUAGUUUUGCAUCAUCCGCAUUUGUUCUGAGGUCAUAUUUUUCCAUGGCUAGGUUGAGUAUCAAAUGAUAUAUAAUGCCUGUAUAUCAUUAAGGUGCAUUUCCUUCAGAUUCCAAUAUACAGCUACACUACAGUAGUAAAGAAUUACUUCUCUGCAGCACCAUGCAAGGUUCAAGACCUAGUUAUUCACUGGAUUUGGUAUCAUUAAGAAUCCUGUUAUUCAUUCCAUAGUUCAUGAAAUCAGAUUUAACAGGGAGCAAAAAUGCAGUGUUCCAAAAUUACAGCCUUUGGUUAUAUGUCUAAGACCUUACAGCUGUAGUUAAAGUUCAGACAGCAGAAGCAGAUGACCUCAUUUUUCACCAAAGGCAUAAACCUUUUAGUAGUGAAAUUUAGUAGUAUAUAUGCUCUGUAUAUGCAACAGGAAUGAUUAACAAAGGAUGUAUACUACUUUCAUUGUUUCUUGCUAUCAUUAAAGGAGUAACAAUGUCAUGUGUGAUGUGUGAAGGUCAGCUUUCUUAGGUCUAGGAUUGAGUAUCUCUUCAAUAUAUAACCCAAAGAUUGAUGAAU